AUGGCUGGUGAUACAACAUCUUCCUUCUCCACCUGCAUGGUCCUUUUCAUCUCUUUGCUCCUACUUUCUCACUUCACUAUGGCCAUGCUAGAAAACAACUUCUCUCCUUCAAUAUCUAACAAAGAGGGUCCCAAGAAGAGCAACACCAAGGUAGUUGCUUCAGCAAGGGAAGACAGUGAACAAAAUUCCGAGAAGGAUAUGGCAGUAGGAUCAGGCAAAGGCAGCAUUCAUGUUCCAAUGAGAAAGCACUCUCAAUCUCCUAACAGGAUCUUCAAUGCCAGCGCACAUGAAGUCCCCAGUGGUCCAAAUCCCAUUUCAAACAGAAAGCAAUAUGGGAACGGUCAUGAAUCACAUGAUGAUUCAAAUUUGUAA